ACCCUCAGACUCUCGUCGACGUUACCGUUCCAAAGACGGAGAGAAAAGACGAAGACUUGCCGGAGAACAAAUAUUCAAACGAUAACCGUUACAUUAAUAAAAUUGCCCUAUCAUCUUAUCUUCCAUGGAUUCACUUCGUCACAGAUUCUCAGAAUCACCGAAAUGGGGUCAAUUCGUGGUGAGUUUCCGCCGCACUAUGCCAGACCACCACCUCACUCCGAAGAAGAUUUCGAUGACAUCAUCGAUUGUGGCGAAACUUCGUGGGGGCUGUUUAGCGUGUCUUGCUUUAUUGGCGUUAUGUGUUUAUGGUUCAUUGCGUCGGUUUUUCUGAUGUUCGGUUUUUACGGUGCUGCAAAUGUCUGGCUUGGACCUCACUCGUCCGUUCUUGUUGAACCAAGCUCCAUUUUUGUCAAAAGCAUUAAGGUGAAGGAGCUUGACUUUACAAAGCCUGGUCUUCAACUUUAUGGAUUCGAUGAUGAAUCUACUCCUAGUACUUAUUUUGUGAACUGGACUGAAUCUCGAGUGUUAUCUGUCUCACAGAAUUCUUACAAGGGAUGGCCAUACUACUUAAAUAAAGGAACGCAUAUGAAUAUAUCUUAUAAUGUUUUACCUAAAGGUUCUGCAGCUCGGCUUUUGAUGUCUGAAGGAAUGCCAGGCAUGUUUCGGUCGUCGUCGCUGGAGGAUCUUGCAUUUUGUGACAGAGCUUGGUCAUGGAAUCUAAUUCAGGGGAGUGGUAUGAUUGAAUUGGAGAUAAAUAAGUCUAAAGGUUAUUAUCUUACUGUGGCUAACUCAAAGAGGAAGGACGUAGAGGUGGAACUGGAUAUUGAUGUGAGAGCUGUCUUGUAUGAUACUAAUCAAUCAUCCUACAACUGUACCUUCAGCAAUGGCGAGUGCGCAUUCAAAACCAAUGAAGUGUCCCCUGUUGAAAAUUAUGCUGUCGUAACUUCACCAGCACUGGGUCAGGGAGUAACCAUCGAGGAUGAAUGGUAUAUCGAGUUGUCAUAUCAACCUAGAUGGAUUGCAUAUGUAAGCUUCACAGGUAUUUUGUUUAGCUUCAUGCUGGUAGCUAUACAUUUCUGCAACAAGUUACAGUGCAGUGGUGGAGAGGGACUUCUAACCGAAAAUGAUUCAGCGAGAACACAUCUACUUGCAGACAAAGAUGAUGAUGAUUCGUGUAAUGAUGGCGAAGCAAGUAACAGAAGUAGAUGUGUCUGUGCCAUUUGUUUUGAUGCUCCAAGAGAUUGUUUUAUCUUCCCGUGUGGCCAUUGCGUCUCCUGUUAUCAGUGCGGAACAAAGAUAAAAAGAGCCAAGGGGAGGUGUCCAAUAUGUCGAAAGAAAAUGAUGCUAGUGAAGCGAAUCUAUACAGUGUAAGAUGUAUCUUUAACUGUCCAAUGUAAUGGUGAAGCAAUGGAACAUUAAUAAAAAUCAUAUAAUUUGAUAUUGACAAGACUCA